UUUUCCCACAAUCGGUGACGUAGUACGCGGACAGUCACAAUUACUGUCUGUGUUUUACUAGAAAGCAAGGAAGAUACCCUUUGUUCCAUUGCAUUGGGUACAGUUGCCGAAAUGUUGGACUGGGACUGUUGACUCUAUACAUUGUUGAUUUUACAGCUCUACUUAAUAUUAACUGCUGAAGAAAGCGUACGAAAAUGAAGUUUGCGGAACAUCUGGGAGCACAUAUUACUCCUGAGUGGCGGAAGCAGUACAUUCAGUAUGAGGCGAUGAAGGAAAUGCUGUACGAGGCAGUGGAGCAGUCACCGUCCGCCGAAGUAACUGACCAGACCAUCAUACAGAGAUUCCUAGCCAGAUUUGAUGAGAGGCUUUUCCAGUUUUGCGACAAAGAAUUGGCUAAAAUCAACACAUUUUUCUACGAAAAAAUUUCCGAGGCCAACCGAAAGUAUGCGAGUCUAAAGGCUGAGAUGGAGACAUACCAUGAGCAUGCUCAUAAACCGUCGACAGUAGGUCUGCGUCAGAGACGUGCCAGUGUGAAAACUCUGUUCAAGGAUAAAGAGAUUAGUGGUGUGGCCCACACACGCAAGCUGCACGACCUCAAACUGGCCUUCAGUGAGUUCUACCUCUCACUUAUCCUCCUACAGAACUACCAAACGCUCAACUUUACAGGCUUCAGGAAGAUCCUCAAAAAACAUGACAAGUUGAUGUCAACUCAGAGGGGAAUGGAGUGGAGACAAGCUCACGUGGAUGCUGCACCCUUCUACACCAACAAAGAGGUAGACCACCUCAUCACAGAGACCGAGAUAUCUAAUUAUAGAGUGUGGCUCCUCACAGUGCUGAAGCGAAUUUUUCUGGCACCAUUUUACAAAGUUGGAUUUGCAGACUUCUGGCUGGCUGACCAGCUCAACAGCCUAUCUACAGUUCUUCUGGACUUUGAAUUUCUCAUAUGUUUUUAUGCAUUUGAGGUCGACUGGCUCUCAAAUAUAUCUCCUGGAGUGUGUACUAUGAAUAAGUAUGGCAUCCGUGCUGUUGUCAGCUGUCUCCCUGCCUGGUUCCGAUUUGCACAGUGUCUCCGUCGUUAUCGUGACACCAAGCUUGCCUUCCCUCAUCUGGUGAACGCUGGGAAAUAUUCAACGACAUUUUUCUCAACAAUUUUUUCCACACUGUACAAAGUGCAAAUUGAACUGUAUGGGGAAGAGCAGCGCCAGAACAAUGUGUUUUUUUACCUGUGGAUUUCGGCAGCGGUCAUCAGCACCUGUUACACACUUACCUGGGACAUUAAGAUGGACUGGGGUCUACUGGACCAUAGUGCUGGGGAGAACACUUUCCUGCGGGAGGAGAUAGUGUAUGCCUACAAGGCUUACUAUUAUUUUGCGAUGGUGGAAGACUUUGUGCUGAGGUUUGCCUGGACAUUAACUGUGUCUAUAGGAGAGGGAGGAUACUUCCCUGGGGAGGCCCUCAAGACAUUGCUGGCUUCAUUAGAAGUAUUUAGACGAUUUGUGUGGAACUUUUUCCGGUUGGAAAAUGAACACUUGAACAACUGUGGUCAGUUCCGUGCGGUACGUGACAUCUCCAUCGCACCCAUUGAUUCCAAUGAUCAGACUCAGCUGGAGGACAUGAUGGAUCAGGAAGACGGCGCCUACACCUGUCGUUCUGAGCGUAAACGACUCAUGGGCAAUAAACAUCGGGCUUCAAUAUCAUCAAGUCGUCGCAGCCCCCCUAUGAGGAGCUCUAAAAAGGACAAGGGAGCACUCUGGGUAUUUGGUGAUGAGACCAUGGAGAAGAUCCCUUGGAAAUACAAGGGGGUGUGAUACCUUAUGAAAGGUCCAAGGAAAUACAAGGUGGUGUGAUACCUUAUUGGAAAGAGAGGUGGUACUUCAUUGAUGACCCAUGGAGGAGAACAACAAAAGGGGAGUAACUGUACCAAAUCCUGUCCCAAAAUUAUAUUUUAACAUAGCCAGAAAGGAGAAAAUCCUUAUCCUGUGAUGUCAGAAUGAUCUUGUUCACUGGAGACCUUCUAGAUACCUUGUGAUGUCAGAAUGAUCUUGUUCUGUAUAGAUCUUACCAGAAUGGACCAGAUCUUAGGAUACCAUGUGAUGUCCAGCAUAUCCGUGUAUAUAAUUAAGAAUGUUUGAUGUUCUUAAUUGUUCUAGUGUUCAGCUAAACAGAUAAAUUGUAUGUCAUCUUGUCAUUUUAUAUUUUUGUACUUACCCUAGAGAUUGAUAAGACGAUGACUGGUAGAAGAAAUGAUCCUUUAUUUGUUGAUUAUUAGAGAUAUUCAUGAAGCCAUAUGUAGUGUUUUAGAUGUCUAUACAUGGAUAUGUAUACAUUUGUAACUUGUACUUAUUUUGUAUACACUAAUGGAAGUUAUGUUCUGUUUCAUCUUGUACAUGUAUAACUAUCCAUUCCAUAGGAUUAAUAGAAUUAUACACGGAGAUAUAAUGCACAGGGACUUGUGUGUUAUAAAUUACACAUUGAUGUUUAAGGCAUAAUUUAUAUCGGUGUAAACAU